AUGGCAAUAUGGUUACUAGCUUUAAUCCUGGCCCUCCCUACCAUUAUACGAUGGGGCGUAUAUUUAGAAUCUAUAUCUUGGGGUUUUUACUUGAUUUGCAUCCCUAUAACAAUCUUAGUUUUUAGUUGCUACACGGCGAUUUACGUUCUGGUUAGGAGACAGUUGCAUCUGUAUGUGGCGACUUCGGGAGAAAGGUUAUUAGAAGGACACUAUUUGACAGAAAAUUCUUGCCUCGUGCAAAAACUUAGAAAUAAGGAAAGAAGUGUGGCGUACACAACAUUCAUAUUGGUUUUGGUAUUUACGGUUUGUUGGGUUCCAUUAUCCAUCGUUGUAAACAUAAAUUCAUGGUGUAGUACUGGUCUUUGCCAAUACAAUUGGCGCUAUGUGGUUUGA